AUGUUGCAACGACUUUCUCUUUCACUUUCAAUUCCGCCAUUUUCUUCUGUUUCCGCGCAAUUUUUACACUUCCCGGGAAAACAUUCCUCGACUCAUAUUCAAGCAGACAACCACGCUCUUAUACAUAUCUCUGUCUGGAUCAGGGGAAAGAAAUUGCAAAAUAUUUAUCUUUUAAAGAAAAAAAUUCAAUCUUUGCUUCAUUCUUUCCAUCAUUCCUUCCUUCAUUCCAUCAUACUUUGUAAAAAUAUCCUUAUUUUUUUUUUCUAUUUUCAACCUUCCUAUAUUUCUUCGUUCAUUCUUUCCUUCCUUAAUUCCAUUCGUCCUUCGUUCAUUUUUAUCCUUCCUUACGACUCCAUUUUUCAUUUUUUUCUUUCCUUUAUAUAUUCAUAUCUUUCCUUCCUAAAAAGGUUUUCAUUAAUUCCUUUCCUCUCUUUAUUUCUUUCUUUCUUCCUUCAUUCAUUCAAAGAUUCCAUUUAUUCCUUCAAAUUUUCAUUUGAAGAAUAUACAUUAAUUCCAAAAUUUUUUUUCCUUCUUUUUUUCAUUUUUCAAAAUAUUAUAUAUCUAUUAUUUAUCUAUCUAUCUAUCUAUAUAUCUAUCUAUCUAUCUAUCUAUCUAUCUAUUAUCUAUCUAUCUAUCUAUCUAUAUCAUCUAUCUAUCAUUAAUCUAUCUAUCUAUCUAUCUAUAUCAUAUCAUUAUCUAUCUAUUAUAUAUAUCUAUUAUCUAUCUAUAUAUCUAUUAUAUAUUUAUCUAUUAAUCUAUUUAUCUUUAUCUAUCUAUUCAUCAUCUAUCUAUCAAUAUAUUCAUAUAUAUCUAUCUAUCUAUCUAUCUAUCUAUCUAUCUAUCUAUCUAUUCAUCUAUCUAUCUAUCUAUCUAUCUAUCUAUCAUCAUAUCUAUCUAUCUAUUAUCUAUCUAUCAUACAUCUAUCUAUCUAUAUCUAUCUAUCUAUAUAUCUAUUCUAUCAUCAUAUCUAUCUAUAUCAUCUAUCUAUUAUUAUCUAUAUAUAUAUAUCUAUCUAUCUAUCUAUCUAUCUAUAUUAUCUAUCAUAUUUAUCUAUCUAUCCAUAUCUAUUCAUCUAUCUAUUCAUUAUCUAUCUAUCUAUACAUCUAUCUAUUUUAUCUAUCUAUCUAUCUAUCUAUUUAUCUAUCUAUUAUCUAUAUAUCUAUCUAUCUAUUAUCUAUUCAUCUAUCUAUCUAUAUAUCUAUCUAUCAUCUAUCUAAUAUAUCUAUCUAUAUAUAUCUAUCUAUCUAUCUAUAUAUUCAAAUAUCUAUCAUUAUCUAUCUAUAUCAUCUAUCUAUGUACAUAUAUUAUCUAUCUAUCUAUUAUAUCUAUAUCUAUCUAUCUAUCUAUCUAUAUAUAUAUUCAUUCAUUUAUAUAUUAUCAUUAUCUAUCUAUCUAUCUAUUAUCUAUAUCAUUCAUCUAUUCAUCUAUUCAUUCAUCUAUCUAUCUAUCUAUCUAUCUAUCUAUUCAUUCAUCUAA